AUGGCCCAUAGCAAAAUCGAAGGAAUUCAUCGAGCCAUUAAAGAAGGUGAUCUGGAGAAAGUGAAGUCACUCAUGGCGUCAAAAAAGUUGGCAAUAGCUAGAGACCGAUUCGGCUGCACUCCAUUGCAUGCAGCUGUGGUACAUGAACACACUGAGAUUGUCCGCUUCAUCGCCGGCCACUUUCCGUCCGUACUGAACGCCACCCGACUACGUAAGCUUUUCUUUCAAAAUAAACGUACUCCGAUGCACUACGCGGCUGCAGCUCGUGACGGUGGCCACUACCUGAAGAUCCUGGGCAAAGCUGGAGCGGAUCCAAUGGCUGUGGAUAACGAAGGUCGUACACCGGACUACUACCGAAGAAACGCCGUCAUCGAUCUGAAGAUGAUCAAGGAUCGUGAUGAAGAGUAUGAAGGAAUGAGUGAAGAGCUCCUGGAUGAGGGACCCAUGCUCGAAAGUCCUGGCAGCGUCGAGAGCGGAUCAGAGGGGUCACCAGUAGACUCGGCACGUGUAAACGAUGAGGACGACGAUAUGGAAAGGAAUCGUUUUGAACGGAUGGUGCUCGGUCGCACCGAUAUGCCCACCUCUGAGAACGGUAUCUAUCUGGCACGUACCGUAGCACCGGUGCUCACGAAAGCGCUUGCCGAGGUGCUGCUUCGCCGUCCCGCCGAUCCCAUCGGUUUCAUUUCGGAUUAUCUGCAAAAAUAUCAUGGAGAACUUGCUCAUCGAUCGAAUGGAAAGCUGAAAUGA